AUGGGACGCACCAAGGAAGAUGCCUCAAUCGGCAUCAUCGGUAUGGGCGAUAUGGGCAAGAUGUAUGCCCAACGCCUGAGUGAUGCGGGAUGGAGGAUAAACGCCUGUGAUAGAACUGAGAAUUAUGAAUCCUUACAACAAGAAUUUGCCUCUCAACAAAGAGUCACCAUCUUCCCCAAUGGCCAUCUGGUUUCCAGAAUUAGCGAUUUUAUUCUGUACAGUGUAGAAGCCGGUGUAAUCGACCGUGUCGUCGCACAGUACGGGCCAUCUACCAAGCAAGGUGCCAUCGUCGGUGGCCAGACGUCCUGCAAGGCUCCGGAACUUGCUGCAUUUGAAAAGCACCUACCGGCGGAUGUAGAGAUCGUCUCCUGCCAUUCGUUGCACGGACCCAAAGUCAAUACCAAAGGACAGCCUCUGGUUAUCAUUCAACACCGUGCGUCUGACGAAAGCGUCCAAUUCGUCGAAGAAAUUCUCUCCUCAUUCGGGUCCAAACAUGUGUAUCUUACUGGUGAGAUGCAUGAUCGAAUCACAGCCGACACCCAGGCCGUUACGCACGCGGCUUUCCUGAGCAUGGGCACCGCAUGGCAGGCCAACGAACAAUUCCCCUGGGAGAUGUCCCGGUGGGUUGGUGGUAUUGAGAACGUGAAGAUCAACAUCACUCUGCGCAUUUAUUCGAACAAAUGGCACGUCUAUGCUGGUCUUGCCAUCCUCAAUCCGGCUGCUAAACAGCAAAUUCGACAGUAUUCCGAGUCGGUGACGGAUCUAUACAAGUUGAUGAUUGGGGGACACCGAGAAGAACUCAAGCGUCGGGUCAAGGCCGCCGGUGCAUAUGUGUUCCGGGAGGGUACAGAAGGACAAGAUCUCUUGUUAAAAGAUGAAGUGCUGGAUCGAUUCUCUCUGUCCAACCGAUCUCGGGAGAAGUCACCACCCAACAGUCACUUAAGUCUGCUUGCCAUUGUGGACUGCUGGUCGAAACUUGGCAUCGUGCCCUAUGAUCAUAUGAUCUGCUCCACACCGCUUUUCCGUCUCUGGUUGGGUGUGACUGAAUAUUUGUUUCGCAACGCCGAACUUCUGGAGGAGGCAUUGGACACCGCUAUUGAUGAUACCACUUUCCGCUCGGAUGACCUAGAGUUUACAUUUGCUGCACGGGCUUGGUCCGACUGUGUCUCCUUUGGGGACUUUGAGAGCUACCGCGACCGCUUCGAGCGCAUCGCCGACUACUUUGCUCCACGUUUCCCUGAGGCGGCCACCCUUGGAAACGAGAUGAUGAAGACGAUUCUGGAGAAGACCACGAACAAACCUUAA